AUGGCCGACAACAGCAACGAUACCACAUGCGCCAGCUGCGGCAAGGUCUCGGACGACCUCAAGCGCUGCGCCAAAUGCCACUCGGAGCGCUACUGCAACCGCGACUGCCAAAAAGCCCACUGGAAGACGCACAAAAAAGUGUGCGCCUCGCGCGCCGCCAAUGCCGCUCCGCCCACGGCAAAAAACCUCGACGUACCCAUCACCAACCCCUUCACGCGCCUCACGACCCGCACGUGGCUGCACGACCGCUCCGAGCGCGACACGUACAAGCUGCUGAUCGACGCCUACCGCAUGCGCAUGGACGACCAGUACAAGUUCGAGGGCGACAUCGAUGCCGACUGCGUCAUGGGCGGCGAGGUCGAGUCGAGCAUCGGCGGCUUCACGCGUUUCCUGCUCAAGCUGCACCGCGCCGCCCCCCAACUACUCCCGCCGUGGUGGACGCCCCAGAAAGAAGAGGCGUGCAAGAGCGCCGGCAUGCGCCACGGCGCGUGGGAGAGCCUGCGCGCCACGCCCGAGAAGGAAGACUUUAUCGAGCACUAUGGCGAUUCGCGCAUGCCCAUGCAGCUGCGCAUGUUUGCCGAGGCCGUCUAUGGAAGUGGGCCCGGCGGCCAGAGUGGGAAGAUGAUGAUGGAGAUGAUGGCGAGUACUGAGGAGGGCGGGGAGAGGAGUGGGGGGCAUGCCGACGUGCUUGAUACCAGCGCUUUUCUGGCUUCUUUCGCGGGUCGUUGA